AUGUCUUCCACGGAUUACAAUUAUGAUGAGCAGGGCCAAUUCUUCCCUUACUUUAUUCUCACCUUAACCGGCCUCGUUACUCUACCUCUCACAUACAGUCUUCUCAGUCCUCCAAAAAAACUUGAAAACACCGCUCCCCGAAUAAGCUCGAACUUCAAACCCAAGAAUGAAGACCUCAUCCAGGCUCAGAAACGGAAGCAGUUGCGCAAGGAGCGACGAGUCAAACGCUUCAUCGCUGUGGUAGUCGGCUGGGCUAUCAUCGGCUGGAUGAUCUACCUCAUUAUAGUCACAGCUCGUACGUUGCCGAAGAUAUACGAUCCCUAUGAGAUUCUUGGCGUGUCUAGAAGCGCCGAUGAAAAAGCCAUCUCCCGUCACUAUAAGAGAAUGUCCCUCAUCUAUCACCCCGAUAAGAUUCGACCAGACCCAGCAAAGAAUGAGACGAUCGAUGACCUCAAUGAACGAUUCGUGGAGUUGACCAAGGCAUAUAAAGCGUUGACCGACGAGGAAGUCCGUAAUAAUUACCUGCAAUAUGGACAUCCCGAUGGAAAGCAGAGCUACAGCAUUGGAAUUGCAUUACCGAAAUUGAUCAUCACCGAGGGCAUGGGAAAAUACGUCUUGCUUGUCUAUGGAGGUCUUCUUGGUGUCCUUUUGCCUUAUAUUGUAGGAAAAUGGUGGUACGGAUCUCAACGCUACACCCGGGAAAAGGUUCUCAUUGCAAGCGCUGGCAACAUGUUCAGAGAAUACAAAGAAGAUAUGAUUGGUGGCCGCGUCAUCAGCACUCUUUCGACUGGAGAGGAGUACAAGGAACUGCUGAAGGGUUCAAGGUCAGAAGACGGCUUGGCUAAGGUUGAAAAGAAAGUGAUGGGCAUUGAUGAGAAAAUACUCACCGCAAAAGACCGCGAAGUUAUUCGGAAAUUGGACGACUCGACGAGAAGAAAGGCACUAUCGUUACUAUGGGCAUAUCUCAAUCGGACUGACCUGGAAGAUACUACGCUGGAACAAGAAAAAUACGAGGCAGGAGCUAUCGGCCUUGCCUUAAACGAGUCUUUUACUGCCAUUACACUUGCUUUUGGCAAUCUUCUACCAGUCAUCGGUGCAUACCGUUCGUCUCAAAACCUCAUCCAAGCUAUAGCUCCCGGCUCAUCGCCACUUCUUCAACUGCCACACUUCACUCCUGAGGUUGUCAAGUCGGUAGAAGGCGUCGAUGCGAAAACUCACCUGAGCGUGCAAAAGUACAUGGAAAUUCCCGAAGAGAAGAGGCGCGCUUUGACUGUGGGUCCUGGUCUUCUUUCAGCGGAACAGUACAAGGCAGCUACAAAUGUCGCCAAGCAACUACCAUACUUUGUCAUUUCGAAAGCUUUCUUCAAGGUUAUGGGCGAGCGAUUCAUCACACCAAGCAGUCUUGUGCAGCUUGUGAUCAAGGGUCGCAUAAUUCCACCCGGAUACACGGCAUCUGCCCCAGAGGUCAAUGAAUUAGACUUGGAAGAUAUCGACCCCGAGGAAGGCGAUCUUGACGCUCUCCAUAACCGCAACAUAGGAAAGACCAGGAAGGUGAAGAGAGCAGACGGCUCUAUUGUUGAAGAGAAGCAAGAAAUCGUUCAGCCUCAAUUGACUUAUGCCCCAUAUCUGCCUCGCGACCACUCUCCCAGGUGGCAUGCCCUCCUUGCCGACCCCAAGCAGGGAAAGAUUGCCGUUCCUCCGUUUACUUUCACAACAUUCGAUAAGCCUAUUUUUGACGAGGAGGGAAAACCCACUUUCAACGUGCAAACACUCAAAAUGCAGUUUCAGGCUCCUCCACAAGUUGGAGAUUUCACAUUCGCCUUGCAUCUAAUUUCAGACAGCUAUAUGGGUUUUGAUAUCAAGAAGGAGAUUACUCUUCACAUUGACGACCCAGCCAAGGCUGCUGCAGUCGAGGAAGAGGAUGAUAUCAGCGAACCAGAUGAAGAUUCUAUUGCCGGCCAAAUGCAAGCUUUGAAGACUGGCGUUCCUCCACCUAAGAAAAAGACAAAACGACCAUCAGAUGAAGAAUCGGAUGAGGAGAGUGAUACAGAGGGAGAAGUCGAUGACACAAGUGAGACCGAUACCGAGACCGAUACCGAUGGCGAAUAG